AGUUAACGUGGUAAAAAUGCGAUCCUUCUAGCAACAUACAUUCUUUAAUUAGUUGAAGAAUGUAGAUUGGAUUGUGUUUUGCGGUCAAAUUAGCUAAUCGCAUGACAUGGCAGUUGAUGUGUGUGGCAAUAAGUCAUAACAAUGGAUGCUAUAAGUACACAUCAUAUGGGCAGCUAACGUGGUCAAAAUUUGAUCCUUCUAGCAGCAUUGGUGCUUUAAUUGGUUGAAGAAUGUAGAUUGGAUUCUGAGUCAUGAAUUUGUUGGAGCUAAAAUCAUAACCUCACAAAAGAACACAGCCUUUGAAUUCAUUGACAAAUUUGAACAAUACAUGCUCACAUAUAGUUUGAGAGUCGGGGGUCUAGACGUAAUUUUGGAAGCUGAAAAUUGACCUGAAGGAAAGAAUUCGCGAGGGAAAUACGGUUGGAAAGGAAAGGACCCCUGUUGUCAUCUCUAACUAACUUUUGAAAAAUAGAAAACCUGAAAACUCUCCUGACCAGCCCUCCUCUGUCAAUUGCCAAAAUAAUAAUGGAGACUCAAAUUCCAAACUGAAGAACAAAGAGAUAGGAAGAGGAAAUUGAUUAAAGCUGAAACACCAUCGUAUUUCAAUCUCUUUCCAGUCUCUUUCUCUCUGUCGCCGUGUGCCUGGGCCUGAAUUAUUAAGGCAGAGGCUCCUCUGCCUUAGCCACUCUCGCAAUGGCAUUCCAGGAUUUUGACCAGAUAUCCGAACGCCGAAAGGCUGAGAGGGCACGUAAAAUGAGGAAGAGAAUUAUCAUCGCAGUUGUCGUCGUCGUGCUGCUUAUUCUGAUUGCUGUCGGAGCCUAUUUACUUUUGAACAAACUUAAUAGUAAGAAGGGCAAUGCUAAGCAAGACAAAACAGCCAAUUCUAAGCCUGCUCCGGCAAAAGCUCAACCCAAGAACGAUCAAGCCAAGAAGAAAGAGCCGACAAAAGGUGAGAAGAUAAUGAAGCAGAUGUGUGGCGCAACGGACUACGAGGACAAGUGCGAGAGCAUCAUCGGAAAGGCAAAGGGCGCAUCUAAACCAAAGGAAUUCAUCAAGACCGCUAUCUCAGCAGCCUCGGAUGAGGCCAGGAUUGCCUACAGCAAAUCCAGCGAGCUCACUUUUAACAGCCCAGAAGAGAAGGGAGCAUUUGAGGAUUGCAAAGUGCUGUUUGAAGAUGCCAUGGACGAAUUAGGGGAUGCCAUUUCUCAAAUUGGCAACACAACUGCUUCGGGGAAGAUUCGAACCGGUCUCUUGAACACUUGGCUGAGUGCAGUCAUAUCUUACCAGCAGACGUGUGUUGAUGGGUUUCCUGAUGGAAAAUUGAAGUCUGACUUGGAGAAGAUGUUGCAGGCCUCCAAGGAAUUCACCAGCAAUUCCUUGGCCAUGCUUUCACUCCUUUCCCAAUUCCAGCUACCGGUUACAGCAGCAGUUUCAGGAGCAAAACGUCGUCUUCUAGCACAGAACAAGGAUGGGUUUCCUACCUGGAUGAGCCAUGAGGAGCGAAGGGUGUUGAAGAAAAACGAUGAGAAGCCCACACCUAAUGUGACUGUGGCAAAAGAUGGCAGUGGAAACUUCAAAACCAUUAGUGAAGCCUUGGCAGCCAUGCCUGCAAAAUAUGAAGGACGAUAUAUCAUCUACGUUAAAGGAGGAGUCUAUGAUGAGACUGUGAUUGUGACAAAAAAGAUGCCAAAUGUUACCAUAUACGGUGAUGGGUCACAGAAGAGCAUCAUCACCGGGAAUAAGAACUUUGCGGACGGAGUUAGGACAUUCCAAACUGCAUCUUUUGCGGCCUUAGGAGAAGGUUUUAUGGCAAAGUCCAUGGGAUUCAGAAACACGGCAGGUCCUGAGAAGCAUCAGGCAGUGGCAGCAAGAGUCCAAGCAGACCGUGCUAUUUUUCUCAACUGCCGAUUUGAAGGGUACCAAGACACCUUGUAUGCACAAACCCAUCGGCAGUUCUAUAAGAGCUGUGUUAUUUCAGGCACCGUUGAUUUCAUCUUUGGUGACGCUGCUGCUAUCUUUCAGAACUGCUUGAUCUACGUCAGGAAACCUAUGGAAAACCAACAAAACAUUGUUACUGCCCAGGGACGGACUGACAAAAGGGAAACCACAGGAAUAGUUCUGCAGAAUUGCAAAAUCAUGCCUGACAAAGAUCUUGAGCCAGUAAAGUCUCAGUUCAAGACCUACCUCGGGAGGCCAUGGAAGGAAUUCUCAAGAACCAUAGUGAUGGGCUCAACAAUUGAGGAUCUGAUUCACCCAGAUGGAUGGACACCAUGGCAAGGAGACUUUGCACUGAAAACGCUGUAUUAUGCAGAGUAUAACAACAAGGGACCAGGUGCCAAGACUGAUAACAGGGUCAAGUGGUCUGGAUACAAAGUCAUUGACAAGCAAGAGGCUAUGAAAUAUACUGUAGGGCCUUUCUUGAAAGGGAAUGCUUGGCUCAGGGUCAAGGGGGUUCCUGUUCGCUUCGGCCUAUCUGAAAACUAAGGAGUUCAUCUGUCGAACCGAGACGACGAGUAUCUGAUCAACAAGAGAGGAACAUCUGUGUCUGGAUUGAAAUGGUGAUGUUGUCAAUUUCUUGUUUCAAAUUGAUCAACAAGGCAGGGAAAUU